ACGACAUCACCGUCAUAAAAUGCACUCCACCGUGGAGUGGCGGUAUAAUCGUUUCACCACCUCCGAUCAUUUAUAUUGAUGAGUUAGUUCAAGAUUUUUUUGCAUAAAUUAUCUAUUUACGAGUCUCCGUUUCUGAAUAAACUUAUAAAAUAAUGUGAGAAAAAUAUGACUCGUGAUGCAAGUUACUCGCGAGGGGUUUCGCACUUUUACGCUUAUUUUUACUCUGAAAAGAACCUUUGUCGUAAUUCAGUAUUCCCGAACGUCACGGUUUCACUCAAUGAUCAUUCGAAAUUAGUAUACAAGCUCCUUAUUCAUCUCGCGAAAUUCAUCAACGCUCGCUCUUACUCGGAACAACAACAAGAAAAACAACAACCACCCGAAAUAUGGAAUGGAAUAACAUUCGAUACGACGAAUAAAAAUAUCACGUAGCCAUUUCAAGAUUUCUUUUUUCCUUUUACCAAAUUAUCAAAUUGACUUUACGAUAGGAAAAAAUAUGCGCGUCACCUAUAUCGAACCGCUGCGUGAAGAGAAUAACGCGAUUGUUAAUUUUUCUAAUUUUUCUCUUCAAUUAUCGCACCGAUGAGACGGAUUCGGUAGACAAUUGUAUAUUAGCACCAUAAUAUCCGACCAACAAUAUAUGGUAGGGGUAAGCAAAACAGAAAAAUAUCCACACGCGUACCAGUACUUCUAUACGUGUUAUUGACGACGCGUUUUAGACUUUUAGAGCGUGUUGAAUUUUUCCCCCCCCCCCCUCCAAAAGUUUGACCUACCUGAAAAUGAAUUAUAAAUAUUCGUACACGGAGCAGAUCGUGGGAGCAUUGAAUGGAUCAGUCGUAUGGUGACCACGGGAACUUUGAUGUGUUUUGUAUCGGACGGUUGACGGAAAGUCGAAGAUUAAAUAGUGCAGGAGUAGAGAAGAAAAAAAAAGAAAAAAGAAAAAAGAAAAAGAGAGAGAUAGAGAGAGAGAGAAAGAAGAAAAAAAAACGGAAUAAAUCAGAAACUAUAAUAACAAAAAUAAUAAAAAUCAGACCUACUAAAGAGCGAAGAGAGAUCUGGUAUUCUAAUCUUUGGGCCAGUAGCGUUCAAGACACCGUGCGUUCGACAUGGACCGCGAUUCCGAGAUAUCCAAAUGGUUCCGAGGCCGGUCGAUUUUCGUUACCGGAGCGACCGGAUUCAUGGGCAAAGUGCUCGUUGAAAAAUUACUGAGAUCCUGUCCCGACGUUGGUACGAUAUUCGUGCUGGUCAGAAAGAAGAAGGAGGUCCUGUCGAAGGACAGGGUAGAGGACAUGUUCAAGUCGCGUUUGUUCGAUCACCUUCGCGCGGCCGGUAUCAAUCCGAAGGACAGAAUAGUGGCGAUUUCCGGUGACGUAGCCAAGCCGAAUCUGGGCAUAUCCGCGGACGAGACGCGUCUCCUCCACCAAACUGUGUCCGUCGUUUUUCACGUAGCGGCCACGGUCAGGUUCAACGAAUCGCUGAAACUCGCCAUCGAGAUGAACGUCAACGGGACCAAAGCCAUCCUGAAUCUGUGCGAGGGGAUGGUGAACCUCAAAGCGGUCGUUCACGUAUCAACCGCCUACGCCAACUGUGACAUACCUCUGAUAAAGGAAAGGGUUUACCCGCCUCCGUACACCGUCAGCAAAAUCGAAUACUGCGUUUCCGGUCUCGACGACGAUCUCUUGGAUUCGAUCACGCCGAGAUUGAUCGGCAACCACCCCAACACGUACACAUUUACGAAGGCGUUGUCGGAGCACGUGGUCGCCGGAUAUUCGGAGAAGUUGCCGGUCGUCAUCGUUCGACCUUCGAUAGUUUCGGGCUCUUGGAAGGAGCCGAGACCCGGUUGGGUGGACAGCCUUAACGGACCCACUGUGCUCAUUAUCGGCGUUGGAAAGGGACUACUGAAAACCAUAUGGGGGAAAAAGGAGAUGGUCGCUGACCUUAUACCCGUCGACGUCUGCAUCAAUUUGUUCAUAGCCGCUGCUUGGGAGAUAGGGAGCAGAAAGGAGUCGAGUUUGGUACACGACGUGCUGGUUUACAACUGCGUCUCAAGUCCGUCGAAUCCCAUCAACUGGAACAUGUUCACCAGAGAAAUUCUCGACUGUUCGACGCGGUACGCUAUGAGCGAUAUCGUUAUGAAUCCGGAGUUACUGAUGACCGAUUCGAGGAGCACCCGGGCGUGGAGAAAUUUCUUUCACCAGGACAUACCCGCCGCCGUCGCCGACUCCUACGCGUGGGUCACGGGGGGAAAACCGAGAUUCAGACGGUAUCAGGAAAAAGUGAAGAAGGCCGCCGAAAUGCUCGAGUUUUUCACGACCCACGAGUGGAUAUUCGAAGCCCAUAACGUGGAGAAAUUGAAGCAGCGAUUGUCGCCGGUCGAUCGUGAGAUAUUCAACUGCGACGUAUCCGAUAUGGAGUGGAGGGAGUACGUGACCAGCUAUUUUAUGGGCAUUCGGCGCUACGUGAUGCUCGAAAAAGACGAAACGUUGAAGAAAACUAGGAAACAGGUCAUCAGGAUGGCCUUCGUUAAUAAAAUUCUACGCUUUGGUCUGUUCUCGGUUGUCGCCGUCGGCAUAAAACGCCUCUACGAACUUUCGUUGACUAACUUACUUUGAAUCGACCCGGUCUAUUAUAGAGCUAACUGACUAAGUUUGCGAGGUUGUUAUCGGCUGUAACCACGUUACGGAAUACGAGUUAUCCUUCCGAUCGGCGCGGCCGUUUCGAAUCGGACGAAUUGGAGAGGCCGGGACCCGGAGCGGAAAUUGCUAUUAACCACGGGCAGAAUAUCCCGCAACUUGCGGUACACAACGAUUGACCGGACCCCAUAUUUUACACGCCCCGAACUCCGGCCGACGAGUUUGUCGAGAUUGCGGUGAUCGCAUGGAUUAUCAGUUAUAAUCAAAGCUAGCGAUAAGUGAAAUUAUUAUUUAUACUCUGUAGCUGUUAUACUAUAUUGGACGUGCAAUAAAAUUCACGAUUCUAAUUAAA